UCUCGCCUGCAGCCGAUCGUCCCCUCCCCCCACCCGUCGGGCUCCUCCGCGGCUACUGCAGAGGAUUCAGAGCCCAGUAGCUGAGGAGGAGGCUCCCGUCCCUGCGCGCCAUCCGCCACCUUACUGGACACGGGCGAGGGAGCGAGAGCGUUGCCGCUGUAGCCUCCGGAGAAGACAAGGGCAUCGCCUCCUGUCGCCUCCGCAGCCGUUUUCGCCUGCAGAGGCUAGCCGGAUCCUCAGUCUUCCACAAUGAACCCUGUUUACAGCCCCGUGCAGCCUGGGGCUCCUUAUGGCAACCCUAAGAACAUGGCCUACACGGACACAAGAAGGUGGCCAUCUGCAAGCCAGGAAGACCUGUCACUAGAACCCAACCAUGCUGACAUCUUGAUCUGGACUUCCAGCCUCCAGAACUGUUACCCUACAGCCUACCCGGCAGCGGCCCCUGCCUACAAUCCCAGCCUGUACCCAACCAAUAGCCCAAGUUAUGCUCCAGAGUUUCAGUUCCUGCAUUCAGCUUAUGCCACUCUGCUGAUGAAACAGGCCUGGCCACAGAACUCGUCUUCCUGUGGCACUGAAGGCACCUUCCACCUCCCAGUGGACACCGGGACCGAGAACCGAACUUACCAAGCAUCCUCUGCGGCUUUCAGAUAUACUGCAGGGACUCCAUACAAGGUCCCACCGACCCAGAGUAAUACUGCUCCACCCCCCUACUCCCCAUCACCCAACCCCUAUCAGACGGCCAUGUAUCCAAUCAGAAGUGCCUACCCCCAGCAGAAUCUGUAUGCACAGGGAGCCUACUAUACACAGCCGGUGUACGCUGCCCAGCCCCAUGUCAUCCACCAUACCACGGUCGUCCAGCCCAACAGCAUUCCCUCUGCCAUCUACCCGGCGCCUGUUGCUGCCCCCAGGACCAAUGGCGUGGCCAUGGGCAUGGUGGCCGGCACCACCAUGGCAAUGUCAGCAGGUACUCUGCUGACUACACCCCAGCACACCGCGAUUGGGGCACACCCUGUCUCCAUGCCAACAUACAGGGCCCAAGGAACCCCUGCAUACAGCUACGUGCCCCCGCACUGGUAAAACCUUCAGCCCAUCCAAAUCUGGAGUCACACAUUGUAUGCAACUACUCAAGUCUUACACCGGUGCUGGAGCAGCUCCCUAGCAGCACCACCUCUAUUUUCAAGAAGAGACAACAGAAGUGCAAGGGUCACUUUAUGCAUCUUUAAUGAUUUUGGUUUUUAUUUUUGGUUUUUGUAAAAGCUGCUUUUUCUAAUCUCCUGCCUUUCCCCCUAGCCCCUCUCUUAGCUGCUGCCCUUUCAGCUGUACCCACUUCUACCUGAUCAGGCCACAUCCCCUCAGCACUACUUUUUUCCCCCAAGCAUCUAGUCCCCAGGAUCCCAGUCUAGUGGCAAGCAGAGUGGGGUUUAUUGCAGUGGUUCAGCUGAAGGCUCAACUUCAUUUGAAGAAUAUAAACAGAUGUGGCCCUCAAGUCCUGGGUCAGAACUCAGAGCUGUUGAGCAGGCAACAUCUCUGGGUAAUUGUUCUUUUUCUUUCUUUCUUUCUUUCUUUCU